GGCGAGGGGAGGCGGGCCGGGCCCGGGCGGAGGCGGGGACAGCCGCAUACCCCGUCACGUGGAGCGGAUGAAAGGGACGCGGCGGCUGGGCCGGGAGGAGGAGGAGGAGGAGGGAGCUGCCGCCAGCCCGCCGCCCCGCCGCCGCCGGGACACAACGCUAGGCCGAGGUGGAGGCCGGGCGGAAGGAGAAGAGACCCGGCGGCGCCCGCGACGCGAUGCGCGACCCCGGCCGGGCGCCCCCGUCGCCACCGCUGCCCGGGGCCGGCGCGGGGGGCCCGCCGGCGUGAUGAGGCCGGGCCCGGGGCCGCUGCUGGUGGUGGCGGCGCUGGCGGCGGCAGCGGCGGCGCUGGGCCGGGAGGCGGCCUUCGUGGAGGUGGUGCUCUUCGAGUCCAGCCCCGGCGGCGACUACACCACCUACACCACCGGGCUGCAAGGCCGCUUCUCCCGCGCCGGGGCCACGCUCAGCGCCGAGGGCGAGAUCGUGCAGAUGCAUCCCUUGGGACUCUGCAACAACAAUGAUGAAGAAGACUUAUAUGAAUACGGCUGGGUUGGAGUUGUGAAGUUGGAGCAGCCUGAUCUGGAACCCAAACCCUGCCUUACUGUCCUGGGCAAGGCCAAGCGAGCAAUUCAAAGAGGAGCCACAGCUGUCAUUUUUGAUGUGUCCGAAAACCCAGAUGCCAUUGAUCAGCUAAAUCAGGGCUUGGAGGACCCACUGAAAAGACCAGUUGUUUACGUGAAAGGGGCAGAUGCAGUCAAGCUGAUGAACAUUGUUAACAAACAGAAAGUGGCACGGGCCAGAAUCCAGCACCGUCCACCACCACAACCUACCGAAUACUUCGACAUGGGGAUUUUCCUUGCCUUUUUUGUGGUGGUGUCUCUGGUUUGCCUUGUUCUUCUCAUCAAGAUUAAACUGAAGCAACGUCGCAGCCAGAGCUCCAUGAAUAGGCUGGCUGUGCAGGCGCUGGAAAAGAUGGAGACUCGGAAAUUCACGUCCAAGCUGAAGGGGCCCUGCGAAGGCAGCUGCGGUGCCCUGGACACACUCAGCAGUGGGUCCACCUCGGACUGCGCCAUUUGCCUGGAGAAGUACAUGGAUGGGGAGGAGCUGCGCGUGAUUCCCUGCACCCACCGGUUCCACAGGAAGUGCGUGGACCCUUGGCUUCUGCAGCAUCACACCUGCCCCCACUGUCGUCACAACAUCAUUGAGCAAAAGAAGGGAAACUCCAGCCUGGUGUGUGAGGAGAUGGCCAACCAGUUACACAGCCGGCAGCAACAGCAGCAGCAGCAGCAGCGUGUGAUCCUGCCUGUCCACUUCCCUGGCCGAGCACACCGAGGGGGUCACGUCACUGCCUACCCGACGCGCACCAGCAUGGACCCCCAUGGGAAUCCCAUCACUGUCUUGACGGUCGAUCGGCAUGGAGAGAUUCCAGCCUUCUUCCGGAGCUACCCGCCCAUUCUGCACCUGGAGCCCCACCCUGGCGCGGUCGAGCGCCAGUCCUGCCCAAUGCCUCACCCUUUCCAGAGGCCGAAGUUCAGCGGGGACCCUUUCUCCAAGCCGGCUUGCUUCUCCCAGUACGAGACUAUGUUUCAGCACUACUAUUUCCAAGGCCUUAGCUACCCUGAGCCACCACCGAGUGGUCAGUUCCCCCUCCACGUGGCUGCCAAGGGCCCCUCCCGUGCCUUCCAGCCUUUCGGCAGCCACAGGCUCUUCCCCCCUGCGGUCCACAUUGCCCCUUCCGCCCAGCCAGAGAGCGGCAGUGCUUCUGGCUUCGGCUGCUACCAUGGCCACCGCUCAGCCUGCAGCGGCUACCUGGCCGAUGGCCCUGGUAGUGACAGCAGCAGUAGUGGCCGCUCUGCCCGGUGCCACUGCUCCUCCAGUGACUCCAUGGUAGACUGCACAGAGGUCAGCAACCAGGGGAUUUACGGGAGCUGCUCCACCUUCCGCAGCUCACUGAGCAGUGACUACGACCCCUACAUCUAUCGCAGCAAAAGCCCCUGCCGGGGCGGGGAGAGAAGCCGGGUCCUCCGUGGGGAGGUGAUGCUUCUGGAAGGUUCCUCUGCGCUGCACCCGGUGGCAGACAAGAGCCAGUCUAGGCCAGUUGCCGCAGCAGGGGACCAACUAUCUGAUUGCAGCCUUGAAAUGAAUUGCAGCAGCAGCAGCAGCCGCUCUUCGCUGGAGCAGAAGGAACUUGCCUGCACCCUCUCUGAGCGAGGAGGCCCCCGAGUGCCCCCCGAGAUCACUGGAGAGAUCACUGGUCAGACUGGGAGGGAGCCUUGUGAGCGAGCAUGUGGCUGCUGCUUGGAGGUCCAUGCUGCCCCACGGGAAUUGCCAAGUAGGGCAGCUGGUGGCAGCAGCAGCAGCAGCACGCUGCUUCAGGGCAUGCCUCUUUGGACAGGGGGUGGCUCUUUGCGGGAGCCCAAGACGAGGAGAAGUCAGGGCGUGGUCAGCGUUAGGACACAGGGGGUCCCUCAUGAAACGUUGCCCUGUUGCUUCUACGAAGAGCAGCGGGUGGCCAGCAGUGGCCCCAUCUGGCCAGGCCGUUACACAGAAGACAGUGCGGUGAAUGUUCGGUAUGUGUGUGCGGAGGAACCCUUGCCAGGCUGCUAUCCGGGCCUGCGUGAGGCGGGCCAGUGCAUUGCCAUCAUUCCCGAAGUCCGGGACUCAGAGCUGGCCCUGCCGGUAGAUUGCUACAGUGGCAACAGCCCUUGGGAGGGGCCGUGUGGAACGGCCGCCCCCAGCAAGGCCCAGGGAACACCCCCGAAGGCAUUUUGCAAGCCAGGAGAGAUCUGGCAAGAAGGUUCAUGCCCGCCCAUGGCGGGCUUCCCACUGGAGGAGUCCUGCAGGUUCUUUUCCAGCCCUCCGCAAGGUUGUUUGGAGGCCAUGGCCGCUGGAGAAGGCACUCAAACUUUGGGUAAGUUAGCAGCGCCAUCUUGGCUGGAAGCGGGGUGGGUGAGCCAGGGCGGGAAGGGUGGCGCCUUUGUUCGGCCAAGCUGGCCAAACGCCUCCUGAGUACUGCAGGGGGGCCGAUCCAAGCUCAUUUUGGCCACGUUUGGGCUCCCUUGAGCCUCAGAGCAGUAUUGGCCGUAGCGGGGAUGACCCUGGAAAGCAGUCGCUCGCCAGACCGGCACAGGAUCUGAGCUCCGACCCGAAGGGUCUAGGACAGGGGUGCUUGGACAAGAUUCAGGAACAGUCUCAUUUUUUCAGGCUGCUGUUCCCCAGGGCGGGGUCAGGCUGGGAACUAAUAAAAAGAGGACGGUCUAGAGGCAGCUGUGUUUCUGCUGGACUUCAAAGCCUUCUUUUGCUUGUGUUGACACACAACAGGAGUGAUCCCGAGAAACUGGGGCUACGUGCCCUUGUCCGUGGUGCAGGGCAUCCUUGGCAGACCCCAGCAUCCUUCCCUACGGUUGCCUGGAGACAAAAGGCCAGGUUAUGCAGCUAGGCACCCUCCUUUGGUGCCAGGGGAUCCAGCCUGCUUUAGAAAAGAAAUGGCACUUUGAAAUAAAUGGAAUCCGAGGGGCGGAGGUCGCCUGCCCCUCCGUAUGAGAAUGCAGAUUUCUUUAAGCCUGACUGCCAUGGGUGGGAAUAGACCUGGGCAGAAGCCCAGUUGCAACAGUGCCUUCUGCCUGCCCUGAUGCUUCAGUUGACAUGGGUUCCGCCUGAGCCCCCCCCCUCGUCCCCCCCCCGCACCCCGCUCGCAGUCCACUCGCCAGCCUGCCCUGGGUUGAGACCUUCAGCUGAGGUUCCUCCCAGUCACCCCUGGGGUACAAGCGCAUUUGCCGCUUCCUUCCCCUUGUUAAUAGUUUCCUAUGGAAACAGUCCUUCUGGCUGCUGCAGCCACACAGCCGCAUGGUUCCCUACGGCCUCCUGCCCUUCAUGUGGCUGAGACCAAGACCGUUGCCACGUUCGGCAACUGGGAUGCCGUUCCUGUUCCUCUUGUGUGCCUGGCUGGAGAGUUGGUGUUUUGUUUUGUUUUUUUAAAAAAACAGAUGGUGCCUGGAUUCCCUGCACCUCCUCCCCUGGUUUAAUUUGUUAACGAUUCAGGAUGAGCAAAGGUACUUAACUAAACUUUUCUUUUUCUGCCAGUGUUUAUGAGAAAGGGGAUUUUUAUAAUGCAAAGAUUUCAUAAUGAUUAGUUUAUUGUACUCGAGUGACAGGAUGAGAUUCCUUGCUGAGCUUCGAUCCUUCUCCUUCUAACAGGGCGUGCUUGUGAUCAUGUUGGUAUUGUGCGUUUUUGACAGUCCUGCCCUCGCAGCUUUCGAUCAGGCGGAGGCUCAUUAAGAGUAGGUUGCCUCAAGCAGGAAGCCCUCCUGCUCCACCUUUAUUAAGGCUGCUCUUACUACUUCAGAAAUCUUUCUUCUCAUCGCCAAUAUGUAAAAUAGGUUUAUACUUCUAUUUCAGCUUCCCUUUCUGGUUAUUUACUUUUGCGACAGUAGUUUCCAUCUCUUCCACUUCUAUCGUAAGUGUUUUCCAAAGUAUUUUCUAAAGCUUCUGCCUGGUUUAAGUUUUCUCCAAGUCCUACAUAAAAUAUCGGUUGCAAUAUUGCAACCAACGCAGUGCACUGCAUUAAAUGCAGCGGUUGCAUUUAGUGUAGUGUUUAUGGUUAUGGGCAUGAAAUACCUUCCAUCAGAUGACGCCAUCUCUGAGCAGCACCUCCAGAAGUGAGGGCCUAGGCCCGAAAUGGCCCGAUUCUUAAGUUCCAUCCGGUUGCCUAGUUACUAAAUCAAAAUUGGCUGCCACACGGAACAGCCGUUCUGAGGAUUGAGGUUCUCAGUUGUUUUCCAGUCCACCUUGGCUGGAGAACGGAGUGUUUUAAUUCACACGGUGGAGCCCUGCAUCUCAAGGAUUUGCUCUUAAGUUGGUGUUCCCUUGUGCAGUUCCUGCUUGGGUUUGCAAUUGGAGGGCGGUGGGGGGAGGGAGAGAGGGAUUCCUAGAUGCUAACCAGCUUUUUCUGGCACAGCUGGUAUUUCUCAAUCCUGAUGGUCUCAGUGCACCCUCCCCACUCCCCCACUCAAGUGGAGUAGCCAGCACUUGCUACUUUAGUGCCUUCUCCUGCCCUUGGUCCUACCACCGCACAGUUUUUAAGUAGCCCCCUCCCCCAUCCCCACCUCCAAGGGUCGGUGCCUGGUCUCUGUAGAUACCUGGGGGAGAAGCUUUUACAUAGUUGCAAGUUAUAGCUGGCUUCCUGGAUCCAGGGUAGGCAAUAUCCCUGGAAGGGAAGCAGCCUCUUUUGUCUGGGGAAGAGCGGUAAUGAGUGGUAGGGGGUGGCAGGGGGGCAAAGUCUUCCAAUUCCUAUUUCAGGCUUUGGGGAUCGGAGAUAGAAAUAAGAGCAAUUAACCUCCCAGAUGUUUCUGACCUCCCCAUUUCUUCCUUCAUUUUUCAUUUCUGAAAACAAAUACGUUACUGAAAUGUUGCCAUUUUGCAGCAUUAACGUUGGGGACGCAGUCCCAUGGCGUUGGGAGUCCUCCUGUACACGUGGGCUGCAGGCUCUGAAUCGUUCACUAGGAUUGGUGCAUAUUCGAUAGGGAUGCUGGCAUUUUCUAGUCCUUCUGGCUGACUUACAUGUUCAUUCUUAUCCUAUACCCGGUACGGUAUCCUAUACCAAGAGCUGUGCUUUUUUUUUUUUUGCGGCAGGGUGGGUGGGUUGUCUGUAUGGUUAAUUCUAUCCGGACCUAAAGCUGUACAGCAACACAGGCCUUGCUGUUGAAGGAGACACGCUGCCUUUCCCUCUCCCCCCCCCCCCCCCCCCGCCAAUCUUCCAAAAUCUUUGCACAGAUCCAGGGAUGACACUCAAAGGAGUAGAGAGAACCUCCCUGCCCUUCUGGAUGACUGGAUGACCAGCCCUAACCUUGCCCUAACCGCCUGGUUGAUAAGCAUCCCUGAAAGUGAAGUAAGCUAUUGGCAGAAGUCGGAGCUUAUUCGACACAAUGUCCUUCGGCCAAUGAGAACCAACUUGAGCUCUCUUUGACACACACACACCCCGCCACCUCCCCAAACUUCUGUGUGUGUUCGUUCUCUAUCUUUUAUAGAAAAAGCAGUUUCCUGUUGCCCAUCGGGCAUCCCUUCAUGACAAAUUUUUUUAUAAAGGUCAGUACAAUAUAUGUUUUUAUUCUAAAAGGCCUUUUUUUCAAAGUAAUUAUCGCCGCUACGAUGGGCUUGUGAGGCACUAUUUUCAUACGUUUUGGUUUUUUUUAAGAAAAUGAAAUUUCUGUAGCACUUAAAACUGUUUUGUAUAAAAUGUACUGUAAAGGUUUGUAAGAUGGUUAAAGGGCUCUUCUCAAUUACCAGUUGUAUUGUUUUUAAUGGUAGAAAACAACUUGUUUCUAUUCUAUAUGUAUAGCAGCACAUUUCAUUUAUGGAAAGAUGUUCUCAGAAUAUUUAUUUACUAAUAUAUUUAUCUUAAGCCAUGUCUUAUUUUGAGUGUGUAAUGUUAUAAAGAAAAAUCGGGAAUCACUAACAGGAAGCAAUGUAAAUACAGAUUUCACAACGUUUGCUGACCAAAAAGUGAUUUUAAAUCAAAUUGUAACUGCAGUUUUGUAACGAAAUGUACAAAUGUCUGUUUAAAAACAACACCUUUUAAAAAGUUGACCAUCCAGCUUGAUGUC